AUGCCAGUAAAUAAAACAUCAUGCCAGCAGGAAGGCAUAUUUGGAACCCCGUCUGAACCGUUAUUCAACAACGAUGGAAAUGGUGCCAGUGCAGAAGUUCUGCAAGACUGGCUUGUGAAUAUGGCCGUUACCAACUCCCAGAAUAUAACGGCUGCCUCUGUCACACAGAAUAUCUUCAUACAAGGCAGCUGGUCUGAGUGUGUGUUUCUGAUGUGUGAUAGAUUUGAGCUUCCUUGUCAGGCCAAGUUUGCCGCUCUAGAUAUAUUUGACAGAUUUAUGCUGAAACACAUACUGGAUUUGUAUGCUCAUGUACAAAACUCCAAAAGCAACAGUAAGAGAACUGACUGGGAAUGUAUACUAGGUCGCGUUAAAAACCAGGCUUUUCUGCGCAUCCUUUCAUGCUGUCAGAUUGCCAGCAAGUUGAAUUCCCAUUAUGAGGUUAUUACAGUAAAACGAGCCAGGAGAUGUCUGCUGGAUGCAGGCUAUAGUUACUCUUGUGAAAGCAUUUUACAGUCAGAGAUGAGAGUUCUCAAAACUUUGGCUUUUAAAGUGUCUAGAACUAGCAGCCUGGACUUUAUUGAGAUUUUGCUGGAGAUUUUGGGACACAACACUCGUGGGGAAGACCUGCACAUCAAAGUUUACCACAACACAGCGGUCAAGAUCUUGACUCUCAUUAGUCUGCACCUGCACGAGGUUUAUGACCGGUUAUACUUGAGCACAGCCGGUGCUGGAGCCGGUGCCCUCAUCUCUACAGAGGAGCAAAGAUCAAAACUGGCAGCAGUGAUGAUGGAUAAAAUGCUGCUGGCUGUGGCUGUUGUGGCUACAGCUGUGCAUGUUGUUGACAGCACACUCACUCAAAAGGUGAUCAUCCAUCUACACAAAAUUAGUGAAGUACCUAUUGAAGACAUUCAAGACUUUAUGAAAGUGAUACUGGUGUUCCUGAGGGAAAUCAGUGCCAUACAGAACAAGACAAGAUAA